AUUAACCUAUAUGGUUCUAUGCUGGUUUACACAAAACAUUUAUAACAUUAUAAAUUUCAUUUUGUUUUCAACACGUCCAUAACAGUCGAUGGAGGUUGGUCUGAAUGGCAAAAGUGGAGCCCCUGUUCGGCGACAUGCGACGCAGGCACCCGGUACAGGGUACGAAGUUGUAGCCGACCGGAACCGGAAGGACCUGGACGACAAUGCUUGGGAGAGACUGUAUUAACAAAUAUUUGUCACGUCGGACCCUGCAAAGGACCACCGAUUAUGGUGGCCACGUUCAACAAACACUCUCACAUUAAGUACGCUGCGAUGGAAACGAGUACGACUCUGCUGCACGUAGUUAUACAGUUUUAUCCUUUUGACAUGUCUGGUACCAUACUUCGACGGUACGACGAUGGUUGCGAAGGUUAUUGCAAUAGCGUUCAUCUGAAUAUGAUCGAUUUCUGCCUGGUUUUAACGGUCAUUUUAGACGGGUGCAAUGUUACACUACAAAGUCCGUUCACAAUAAACUUUGGAUGGAAUGAAGUUUCCUUUUCAAUCACUGAGAACAAAGUCACGCUACAACUAAAUAACCACCAAACUUCAAAAUUCGUAAAAUGUACUGUAUCGACUUUCACCGUUAAUCUAGACCAAGUGACGAGCAUCGGAGAAGAUUUUGAAGGUUACAUAAAAAGGCUUGAUGUGAACUUUAUACAUUACGCAUUAACCAUAAACGAUAAAUUUUCAGGUACCAUGUAUUUACCUUAUACGACUUUCAACACAGUAUUCGAACUAUCGGAAGAACAAUUGUAUUCAGAUUUAUUCAACACGAUUAAAAUCCGUUGUCCGCAAUCAAGUAGCCAUGGAAUCAGGGUUCGGGAACGAAAAUAAUAUGUUCUGUUGUACACAAGUGUUUUGCAUUAUAUACCUAAUAUUGUGAUUUGUAUUAUAUAUUUAUAUUUCAG